AUGAUAUAAUAGAUUUAAUAUUAUAACAAAUUAGAAGAACUUAUAAACUCUUCACUUUAAUCUCAUUAGGUCCUCAAUAUUGAUUUGGGUAGUAAUUAAAUUGGUGAUUAAAGUGUAUCAAGCUUAGGUUCUGCUUUAGCAAAUUGCUCUAAUCUCUCAAAUUUGACACUUGAUCUUCGUUACAAUUAAAUUGGCCCAAAUGGUGCAUCAGGCUUAGGUUCUGCUUUAGCAAAUUGCUCUAAUAUCUCAGAUUUGACAAUUUAUCUUGCUGGUAAUUAAAUUGGUGCAAAAGGUGCACUAGGCUUAGUUUCCGGUUUAGCAAAUUACACUAAACUCUCAAAUUUGACACUUGAUCUUCGUUACAAUUAAAUUGGCACAAUUGGUACAUCAGGCUUAGGUUCUGCUUUAGCAAAUUGCACUAAUAUCUCAAAUUUGACACUUUAUCUUCGUGGUAAUUAAAUUGGUGCAAAAGGUGCAUUAGGCUUAGUUUCUGCUUUAUCAAAUUGCACUAAUCUCUCAAAAUUAACACUUGAUUUUUAUAGUAGUUAAAUUGGUGAUUAAAUUGCAUUAGACUUAAGUUCUGCUUUAAAAAAUUACUCUAAUCUCUCAAAUUUGACACUUGAUCUUAGUGGUAAUUAAAUUGGUGCAAUUGGUGCACCAGGCUUAGGUUUUGCUUUAGCAAAUUGCUCUAAUCUCUCAAAAUUGACACUUGAUUUUAGUUCUAAUUAAAUUGGUGAUUAAGGUUCAUCAGGCUUAGGUUCCGCUUUAGCAAAUAUCACUAAUCUCUCAAAUUUGACUCUUAAUCUUAUGUCUAACUAAAUUGGUGAUUAAGGUUCAUCAGGAUUAGUUUCUGCUUUAACAAAUUGCACAAAUCUCUCAAAUUUGUCACUUAAUCUUAGUUAUAAUUAAAUUGGUGUGAUUGGUGAACCAGGCUUAGGUACUUCUUUAGCAAAUUGUACUAAUCUCUAAAAUUUGGAACUUGUUCUAGAUUAUAACUAAAUGAAUGAGUCAUAAUAAUUGAAAAUAUAAGGCAAGUGUCUUAAAUUAAAAAGAUUAGUUACUUUUAAAAUAAAUUCGUAAUAAUGA